CAGGACUCACCAGCACCACUACCCCCUGGCCCUUCAAGUCCUCCACCUCCUCCCCCCUCUCCUCCUCCUCCUCCUGCUUGUCCUGCCCGGCAGCAGCUGUGACAUGGAGGCCCAAGCAGAGUUGGAGAAGGAGCCAGAAUACUGGAAUGCCCAGGCCAGAGGAUCUCUGGAGGCUGCUCUCCGCCUGCAACCCCAAGCGCAUCGCGCCAAGAAUCUCAUCCUCUUCCUCGGAGAUGGUAUGGGUGUCUCCACCGUGUCUGCGGCACGCAUCCUGAGGGGUCAGAUGAAGGGGCGCUCGGGAGAGGAGACAGUGCUCGCCAUGGACAGCUUCCCCUACCUCGCCCUGUCCAAGACGUACAGUGUGGAUAGGCAAGUAGCCGACAGUGCAAGCACGGCCACUGCCUAUCACUGUGGUGUGAAGGCCAACGCCAAGACUGUGGGCCUAAAUGCCAAUGCGGUUGCCUACGACUGUAACACCACUUUUGGCAAUGAGGUCUACUCGGUUUUACACCGCGCUAAAGCACAAGGGAAGUCUGUGGGCAUUGUGACCACCACCCGUGUCCAACACGCCUCCCCUGCUGCCGCCUACGCACACUCUGUGAGCCGCAGCUGGUACAGCGACGCAGAUCUGCCCUCUAGUGCUCGCCAGCGGGGCUGCAUAGACAUUGCCACACAACUGGUCACCAACACGGACAUUGAUGUGAUUCUUGGUGGUGGUCGUAUGUACAUGUCUCCGAAAGGCACCCCAGACCCAGAAUACCCUACAUCAUCCUCACGGAAGGGCGAUCGCAAAGACAAGAAGAACCUCAUCAACAUAUGGCUAAAUGCCCGGAAGGGAAAGAAUGCUCAGUAUGUUUGGCACAAGGACCAGUUUGAUGCGGUGGAUGUGAAAACCACUGACUGCCUCAUGGGUCUCUUUGAGGCAAAGGAUAUGAGGUUUGAGGUGUUCCGCAAUCGAACACGAGACCCUUCCAUUGUGGAUAUGACAGAGAAGGCCAUCCAGAUCCUUAGCAAGAACCCCAAAGGCUUUUUCCUCUUCGUAGAAGGAGGGAGAAUUGAUCACGGACACCACGAUAGUGUGGCAAAAUUGGCUCUGACGGAGACAGUGAUGUUCGACAGAGCAGUGCACCGGGCAUCUCAGCUCACCAAGGAGUCUGAGACUCUUACUGUAGUUACCGCAGACCACUCCCACGUCUUCACCUUUGGAGGAAACACCCCUCGGGGCAACCCCAUUUUUGGUAUGCACUCUGCUCUUUUGGAAUGUGCUCCGAGGUCUUGCCCCAAAGAAGGCAGACGAUAGGCUGCCUUACACAAGUAUCCUCUAUGCAAAUGGACCAGGAUAUGUGCAUGUGAAUGGGACAAGAGGAAACGUCACAGCUGUGGACUACUUUGAUGAGGAGUACAUGCAACAGUCUGCUGUGCCACUGGAUGCAGAGACUCAUGGUGGGGAGGACGUCGCCAUAUAUGCCAAAGGUCCCAUGGCUCACCUUUUCCAUGGUGUUCAGGAACAGAACUACAUUGCCCAU